AUGUCUCCUCCCACCAGAAAAGGAACGUCACCGACGACCCCUUCUUCAGAAGACACACCCUCUGCCUCCUCCUCAUCAUCCCCAUCACCAACCGCCGAUAACACCCCACUCGCCCUUCCAGGAACAUCCUCAGCCUUCACAAGCGGCAUCGGCACCGCGGACACAAGUGGACAAGCGACACCCACAGUGUCUGCACGACGCACAGGUACAGGGUCCUACAAUCUCGACAUCAGCGGAGAACAAGACCCACACGCUACCGUUGACACCGUCUCCGUCCCCGCGGUCCUGGGUAUUACAACUACAACCUCGACCCUUAAAAGUAAUCAGCAAUUCGACCUAGCGACAUGUGGGAACGAUAACGCUGGUAAACACACAUACGCAACGACAGACCAGAACUCGGACCCCUACGAUAUCGAAAUGGCUCCCAUCAGCGGAGCAGGGGGCGGCCACCGACGCCGGAGAAGCAGUCUUAUGAAUCCCGUAGGGGCAUCAUCCAGCAGCAGACACCGGUCUCCCCGCCCACGAUCAUCGGCAGGGAAGGGAAUUGACUCGGACGAGUCCAAGUUGGUUGGGGACGAUACAAGGGUGCAGGAAGUUGCGGGACGCCAUGAAGGACUCAGCGAUGACGAUUUGACGGACGAGGACCUCCAUAUCGAUGAAGAGGCCGGCUUGACAGGCGCAGACAGACGGAGGAAAAGCCGCAAGAGGACUCGCAACACCCGGCUGGACCAGAGGAUAGCGAGGGACAGGAUAUCGGAGGCAGAGAAGCUGGAGGCGGACAGGGCGGUGCUGAAGAAUGCUCUCAUUAACAUGACACUGAUUCUUCUUUGGUACUUCUUCUCGUUAAGCAUCUCCUUGUAUAACAAGUGGAUGUUCGACCCAAAGAAGCUUAAUUUUCGAUUCCCAUUAUUUACGACCGCCACACACAUGCUCGUGCAGUUCUCUUUGGCAUCCGUGGUUUUGUUCUUCUUUCCCUCGCUGCGACCAACAAAUAAACACAAGUCGGAUCUGGGCCAGUCGAGGCAUGAUCCGGAACGGCCCGUCAUGACCAAGUGGUUCUACCUUACCAGGAUUGGUCCCUGCGGAAUGGCGACUGGCCUCGAUAUCGGGCUGGGCAAUACCUCGUUACAGUUUAUCACCCUCACCUUUUACACCAUGUGUAAAUCCUCCUCGCUAGCCUUCGUCCUCAUCUUCGCCUUCCUCUUCCGCCUCGAAUCACCCACCUGGCGCCUAAUAGCCAUCAUCGCAACCAUGACCUUCGGCGUCGUGAUGAUGGUCGCAGGCGAGGUCGAGUUCAAGCUAGGCGGCUUCCUCCUCGUCAUCUCCGCCUCCUUCUUCUCCGGCUUCCGCUGGGGUUUGACGCAGAUCCUGCUUCUCCGCAACCCGGCCACGUCCAACCCGUUCUCCAGCAUCUUCUUCCUGGCUCCCGUCAUGUUCGUCAGCCUGGUCGCCAUCGCCAUUCCCGCCGAGGGGUUCUCGGCUUUGUUCGCCGGCCUGAAGAUCAUCGCCGACGAGCACGGUAUGCUCGUCGCCCCGCUUCUCAUCCUUUUCCCGGGUACCAUUGCCUUUUUGAUGACCGCGUCCGAGUUCGCUCUGCUGAAGCGCACCUCGGUCGUCACCUUGUCGAUUGCCGGCAUCUUUAAGGAGGCAGUCACCAUCUCGGCCGCCGCCAUCGUCUUUGGCGACACCAUGACCCUCAUCAACGUCAUGGGACUGCUCGUCACCCUGGCUGCCAUUGCCACGUACAACUAUCUCAAGAUCUCCAAGAUGCGCCAGGAUGCGCAGAAUAACGUUCACAUGGCCCACAUGGUCGGCGGCGGCAGUGGCAGCGGGUCUUCGUCCUCUGCUUCUACCAGUCGUAGCGGAAGCAGGAGUGGAAGUGGCAGUGGGAGCAGCAGCAGUGAGAGAGACGGGGAGGGCGAUGAUGUCGAGGACGAGGGAAGGGGUCUCCUUGAUGGCGCUGUAGCAGAAACCCUAUUCAUUGCUGAUGGGGAUGCGGUCAAGCGAAGCCCGGAUUCGCCUGCCACGAGAGGGAGGGGGCGGUCGGUGGAUCAGAGGCUUAGGGCUGCCUGA